AUGAUAUCAGAGGACGAGCAAAUUGCACCACUUCCAGCAAAAGUUCAACUUAAAAGUAACUGGGAUGACGAGGAUGUGGAUGAGAAUGAAAUUAAGGAUUCAUGGAAGGAUGAUGAUGAACCUGCUCUGCCACCUCCUGUAAAGCCUGCUCCAGAGAAGACUCCUAAGAAAGCAGCAUCAAAAACUGUUGAAAAGAAGGGUAAAGCAGCCGAAGUUCCAAAAGAAACACCAAAGGAAGAACAUGUAGAUCCUAUUGCUGAGAAACUUCGUCAGCAGAGGCUCGUUGAGGAAGCCGACUACCGGGCAACUGCUGAACUCUUUGGAGCAAAAGAUGAAGAAAAAAGCCUUGAUAUGUUUAUCCCCAAGUCUGAAAGCGAUUUUUUGGAAUAUGCUGAAAUGAUUUCUCAUAGGCUUAAACCAUAUGAGGUAUGUCGUAUUCUGUCUUUCUUCUUUCAUGGCCUUAAGCCAUACGCCCAUGGCAUGUUAGAUGUUAAAGAUGUUGCUUCUUCCAUUACAGCAAUAGCAAAUGAAAAACUAAAGGCUGAGAAAGAAGCUGCUGCUGGCAAAAAGAAGACGGGUGGGAAGAAGAAACAACUUCUUCUAGAUAAACCUGAUGACGAUCUAGUGGCUGGUCCUUACGAUGCCAUGGAUGAUUUCGACUUCAUGUAG